UGCGCGCGAUAGAAUGCUGAAAAAGCACGGCUUUUAGCAACAUUAGCCAAACAAAUAAUAACGAAGAGGCUGAUAUUUUAAAACUAUUAUUAUUGUGAAUGUAUGUAUGCUUUCAACUGGAAUCAGGCAGCUUCUUCAAAAGCGGCAGUACCGACAUGUGCGCGGGCUGGCAGUAAUUACUAUAACCCUAAAGACGCAUAUUAACGAUUUUAAGCUAACUAGCGUUUAAACAAACUAUUUCCCCUGCGCUCUGCGGAGACUUGGGGAAACUGGAAGCAGUGCCUCUAGCCAAAGGAAGCAUUACCACUAAGAAGCAAGCCUCUCACCAACAGAGAUACCAGACUAAAAAUGUUCGGUUCCUCGAGAUCUGGAGGUGUACGGGGAGGUCAGGACCAGUUCAACUGGAAUGAAGUGAAAGUCGAUAAACACAGAGAAAACUAUCUCGGUAACUCGUUGAUGGCACCAGUAGGGCGAUGGCAAAAAGGCAAAGAUCUGACAUGGUAUGCAAAGGACAAAAAAGGUGGUGCACCUUUGUCCAGGGAGGAGGAACUUGCUGCUGUCAAGGCAGCAGAGGAAGAAGCGUUGAUGGCUGCACUAGGGCACAAGAAUAUAAAGAGACAACCGACUGGUCUGACCAAAGAGGACCUUGUAGAGGUUUGCAGGAGGGACGAGGCUGAUGGCGAUGAGAGAAAUGUUGACCGUGUUUCUGGUUUGGGAAGCUCCAGUGCAGGGUCACGGAGAAUGAUCCUGUCCCAAAAAGAAAAGGAGGUUGCUAAAAUGGGCUUGCCGGUUUUUACACACGUCAGGACUGAAGGUCAUGCAGAAGCUUCAGCAACAAAAACAAAUGAGAGUGCAGUAAAACAGGAGGAGGAACAGAGGCAUGACAGUAAUAAGAAAAAGAAAGAAAAAAAGAACAAAAAGGAAAAAAAGAAAAAGGAAAAAAAGAAAAAACGAAAAAGGAGAGACUCAUCCUCCUCCGAUUCUGAGGACAACAGGAAGAGGCAGAGAAAGGACCACCAUCAUCAUAAUCCAUCAUACGUUAGUCAGAGCGGAGCCAGACCCCAUGACAGCCACUCAAGGGGGGGAGCAAAGGCCGAGCGACAGCGCUUCGACCCCCAUCAUCGAAGGCAGCGGCAUGACACAGACUCCUCUGAUGGAGGAUCUCCUGUCCCUCGCAACCCUUCCAGCCACAAGAAGGCCCCUGCUGGUGCCACACAAAGCCACAGGCGGCGCCAUGACACAGACUCGGACGACUAAUGUCGUGCCCACCCCCACCCCCGAUUCAAACAUGCAUAAUGCGGACAGAGUGCUCUACAGCAGUUUGACAGACCCCUAAGACCUUAUUUACUUGAACAGCCAAACAGACUGUGGAUGGACUAAUCAGUGUAACAGACUUUAGCCUCAGGUUUCAACUUCUUCAUUCAGAAGGUUGCUCGUGUGACACUGGUGUUUUGGUUUGACAGGUUUUGAUUGAUGAGUUAUUUAAUCAUCAAAUAUCAAGUACUCUGUAUUGCUUUAAGCUUUGUAUUUUUUCGGUUUUAUCUUGGAUAAAUAUAGAAACUUUUUUCCAAAGCAAGUGGAACGAUUUUCUACCUUGUCCUCAAAGCUUUUACGGUUCAGGAUAUUUAACAUUACUUCAACCCUGAUCAUUGUUACUGCAAGCACACACAAAAAAUCCCUCAUGGAAAUUCUUACAUGACCCCCUCAUGACAUGACUCAUUCAAUUAUUUACAUGAACGUGCCUUUUUUUUUUUUUUUUUAAGGUUACCAUAAAGACAUGGUACAACUGGCACUUUUUGCACAGGAAUGUGUUGCUUCAAGGGCUUGCUGCCAAAGAAGCCUUCUACGAUUAUAAUCAAAGUUGUAAAAGAGUGUAUGCUAGUAUUUCUUUUCUUGAAUCUAACAGUGACGGGGGAAAAAACCCCAUAACAAAACAAAUAAAACGCAUAGACUUGAA